CUUUCCUCUAUCUUCUGUUUGUUCGUUGCAUUCGUCAUUAUCAUUAGAAAAAACCAUGAAUAAUAAUCAAAAUUAUACUUUUCCACACGAAAUACAAUCGAAAAACCUACAAGCAUCCGUAACAACUGCAACAACAGCACCCAACAAUUCUACAACUUCUGCAACAACAAAUUCUAUAGUCACUUACCCACGCCAGUCAACUACUAACAAAAUCAUUCUGGAUUAUUUAUUAUAUUUAUCUAUUCAAUCGCGCUUGAAGCAAGCUCGUAUUGAGUUAUUUGAAUUAUCCUCACCAUUGCCGUUGAGCUCCAAGGAUGCUUCUAUCAUUAAAAGACGGAAGCAACAGUGGGAAGAAUCAGCUCGGAAAGCAGAACAAGAUAAAAAUGCAGUAGAAUCAGUUGUUGCUGGCAUUCUCUCUAAUCAUCGUAAUCGAACACCUUCUUUUCACAUCGAUUGCAACUUUGAGCAAAGACUCCAUUUAUGUCAACUCACUAACCUUAUUUUCGGCCGCUUCGAUAACUUAUUGUCUACUGAGGGAUCUCACUUGUCAUCAGCAGCAGCAAAUCACGGCCACAUCAUUACUUCUGUUGCACGAAGACGUAUACGUCGCCACGAAUCGCAUGUGUUCGAGGAAGAUGAUCAUCAUCAAUCUGCCGAUGAUGAUCAAGAUGCUGAUGAGAUUCACUACGAUCUGAGAAAACGGCAGCGCAUAUUUUCCCAGCCUAUCAUUCCACCUUUUUGUCGUCGUCAUCGUAUUCAAAAUUGUUAUGGAUGCCAAUCACCUUAUCUAAAAUCGACUCCUGAUACAGCCCUUCACAUGAAUAAAGUACAUACUCUGGAAGAGAAAGAAGAGACGGAAAAAGAUUCAAAGUUAGAAGCAUCCACUGCAGCAAUAUCAAAAAGUAGCGAAAGCGAUAAUAUACCCAUGCAGCGCCAAUUAAAGAGACUUCAGCAACAUCAGCAUGCUGGAUUAACUGAAGCUAUACCCACUUUCCUAAGAACAAGUGCAGACAUGUUACGACGAUUAUUGGAAAAUGAUGAAGAUGACAGUGAACAUCAGAGAAUAAUUAAGCCCAUGCUAUUUGCCGGUCAAAAAGUAAUGGGAGGAGGCAUGCCGCCGAAAUGGUACGACUUGUUUUUGGAGUUGCUGACUCAGGCAGCCAUUGAGAGUUAUUUAUGUGAUGCUCAGACAGGUCUUGAGCCGAUUUUCGAGAUCUUUUCCUACGGCGAUGUAGAGGAUGAAGAUGAGGAUGGCGCAGAAGAGGAGGACGAGGAAGAGAGACAUGGAGAAGAAGAAGAGGAGGAGGAGGAGGAGGAGGAGGAAGAUGCUCCUCUCGAGGAAGUAUUAGAUGAAUGGGGCAUUCGAGCAGCUGAUCAUCAUUUACUUUUCCCUAAGACACGAACAAUGCACUUAUUCAAAACUCAAGUGAGAGAGAGAGAGAAAGAGUUCUUAAGAGUUCCUGAAGGCAUCAGUCUACAGACGCAUUUGGAACAAUUAGCCCAACGAUAUCCAUUAGAGAUAUUUGAAAAGAGUAUUGGAGAGUUUAUACAAAUGAUUUCAAGUUCCAUGGAUGUCCCUGCCUUGGAUAAAUAUGAAGAGAGUAUAAGUAACGAUCCUGUUGCUUCUGAAAGGAGGAUUAUAGCGGAAAAAGAAUCGGAACAGCAGAAGGCGACCAUUGGUGUCCCCACAGUUUAUAAAUACCCCGGGGAUGGCUCUUUAUUAAUGCCGGAAAUAUCUGAUGAAGAAGAGAUCACAGAAGUAGCAGGGAAUACUGAUUCUUCUGAUAAUGCUAUAACAAAAAAACGACUGAUAACUCACAUGGAUGAUAGCCAAUCUACAGACAAUCAGGAGCAAUCGCCGAAGCGAGUAAAAGGAAACAAUGCUUAAUCGUAUAUAGGAUU